AGCCAAGUUAAGCCAAGCAUGGCCAAGCAGUUAGCUUGCCUCCUUUCCAAUCAUUGCGAGUCCAGGUCCGCUCAGUCCAUGCAGGCGGAGUGUUGUCAAACACCAAAACAAGGCAUGAAGUGUUUUCCCCAGAUACUAACGUACCAUACCUGCGUCAUUCGUGGAUACUAACACAGUAGAUUCACUAUUGUUACAUAUGUAAGCCUCGCACCUCAACGUGAAGCAGAAGUGCAUUUCGGUCUUCCAUUCACGACUCUCUCUCGCUCAAGUCACGCGAUCGAAGUGACUACCAAGCGCGUGAAGGCACUUCCUGUGCUUCUUGACAUUGAUAGCCUGCUCGCAUCUUUUUCCUGUGCUGCACGUUUCCCAUCCUUCCCCCGCGAACUCUUCAGCCAUGGGACUCUUUACCAAACGAAACAAGACUCCGGCUCCGGCAGCCACUGAUGGGCAGACCAAGAGAAGCCAGCGAUGGGGUUCAGACAAAACUCAACGACCUGGCUUCGACGUCGACUCUGGCAACUUCAACCGCAGACCAACAUUCGGUCAAUGGCUCAAGUUCCACUGGAUCGAUAUUUUGACCAUGAUUGCAAUGGGCGCUGUUGGACUUGGUGUUUACGAAGCCAAACCAGCCCCAAGCCGUUCCUUUCCCGUCACCUUCGUGGACGGAGAAGUUGUCUACCCUCAAUUCGCCUAUCCUCUGCGCCAUGAGAUCGUACCAAUCUGGCUCGCCGCGCUCCUGGGAUCCCUCAUUCCCAUUUUCGUCAUCCUCUGCAUGCAGGUCCGCAUUCGAUCUUUCUGGGACACAAACAACGCAAUUCUCGGCCUUCUCUACUCAUUGAUCGGCGCUGCUGUCUUCCAAGUAUUCGUCAAGUGGCUCAUUGGCGGGCUUCGACCACAUUUCCUGAGUGUCUGCGACCCAGACCCAGCUUUGCUGCAGGCCGGUGGCACAGGCUACGGAAAUAUCAUGUUCCAACGCAACAUCUGCCGCGGCGACGUUGAUCAGAUUGAUGACUCGCUCGAGUCCAUGCCGUCGGGCCACAGCACCGCUGCCUGGGCUGGAUUUCUCUAUCUCUAUUUCUACCUGAACGCCAAGAUGAAGGUCUUCAGCAACUACCAUCCCGCAUUCUGGAAGCUCAUUGCACUUUACUCUCCUCUUCUCGGUGCCACCCUCAUCACCGGCGCACUUACGAUCGAUGAGUUCCACAACUGGUACGACUGCCUCGCAGGUGCCCUCAUCGGAAGCAUUUUCGCCAUCUCCGCCUAUCGCAUGGUCUACGCCUCCGUCUGGGAUUUCAGAUUCAACCACAUUCCCUUGACGCGACACACCCCGUUCUCAUAUGGCGCAGGACCAGCAGGUGCCGGCGGUUUCGAAGCUGCCGUUUUCACCCGACAAGCAGGAUGGGGUUACGAGGAAGCUUAUGGUGGGGCUCCAUUUGACGCAGCACACAAUCUGCGAGGACAAGCAACUGGUUUCAAUACCGGCGCACAAGGUCUCCACUCCCACACUGGUCACCACGGCCAUAGGAACGGCGACAUCGAGCAUAGCGCCGGUCUGAACGGCGCUGAUGGGUAUACCAAUGGAAAUAGCAACGGCUUUACAAAUGGGACCACAGCAUCAGGCGGCUCGCCUGUAACGAAUGGAACCGGAGCGGUCGGUUCUGAUGGAAGAUAUGGACACCACCGAAAGAGUCUGGAACGUAAGGCGGUUCCUACCAACCAGUUGUGAGCUUUUGAGUUAUCCAUUUAUGAGCGUCACCGAGCAUGCUGCAUUGAGCAUAAGAGUACUGAACAUGGAGUAUUGAGCGUGGAGCUUUGCUUUA